AGCGCACGCUUUGGCUGAGUUUUAUGGCUUUGCCGGGGUAGUGCCAUGGCGGGCCCCAAGCCCAUGCAGCGCCAUGGCCCAGGUGCCAAGCGCCUAGGACGAGCAGGAUUCGCGGGGGUGACACUGUGGCUGGUGACAACGUCAAGAGGACAUAGUGCAGGUGCUUUUGCCUUCGGCCGGGAGCUGACAGCUGGUCGCCGAAGCUUGCUUGCAGGCAUGCUGGGUGGGAUAGCAGCUCCAUGGGCUGCCCUCACAGCCAGCCCGGAACCAGCAACUGCGCGCAUCGUGACAAUCGGUCUGCCCUGCCGGUGCUGCGAGAGGGACUGGUGUGCAACCUCCUGUGUGGAAGCUAGCGAUGGCAGAGAGACAAAGUGCAACUGCCACGAGUUUUUGAGUGAGAAGGUGUCUGCAGAGGAGAAGGUAGUGUCCGGAGGACUGUAUAAGCUGCCAGCUGAUGCCACCAAAGCGCGGCUUGAUGCCAUCGAUUCCGGCCUGGGUGAAAACGGUUGGGCCAGUAAGCUCAACUGGCAGUCGGCGAAUCUCCUCCUGUGGAACCCGGAGGACGGCUCCCACUUGCAGGUGAAGCCUUCGAGCCUUGGCGAUGCCGGGGACGGGCUCUUUACCACCGAAGCUCUGCCAAAGAAUGCUGUGCUGCCCCCGUACCAGGGCAAGCCGUUGAGUAUCGCAGAGUUCCGGAAGAUGAGAGGCACCCGUGAUAUGGACUACGUAUGGUGCCCGCUAAGGGAGGAGCCACUUUUCAACUUCACGGACGACCAGUUGAAAGCGGCGGAGGACGCUGGGGCCGCAACAACUUUUUGCAUAGACGGCCGAGAGGCUGCCGAGAAGAACCCAACUCGCUUCAUCAAUGCAGCUCACAGCAAAGAGCAAUGCAAGAAGGUUAAUGUGAAGAUUUGCGAGUUCGGCGAUGUGGCUUACUUCAGGACCACGAAGGACGUGAAAAAGGGCGCUGAGCUCGUCACGGACUAUGGCAGCGAGUACUGGGAGGAUUUCGAGGGCUGCUGAGUUGAUCUGUGGAUGCCAGAUUCGGCCAGAAGAGAGCCGGAGGUGGAAGGUGAUUCACGACGGUUG